UUUUCUCUUUUGGAAGAACAAACUUGACAGUCUAGAAAAUCUUGUCAAAAUAUUUUGUGAAAUAAGCACGAAAGUAUUAUAUAUGCACAUAUGUACAUAUGCUGCUCUUUCUGGUUUUCCUUGCUUCUAGACCUUGCUUGGGAUACGAUAUCAUCAAGAGUGAAGUGCUCACUGCCCACAAUGACCACCGUAGGACUUGGACAGUUCCAGAGUUCAUCGAAUCGGAGGAACUCUCCCAGGAGGCUCGCGAGUAUGCAAAACAUCUGAGUACCUUGAAUAUACCAGAUCAAAUAUUAUACGAGCAAGCUAAGAAACAAAAUAUUCGUGUGGAUCACCUGGCUUAUCCCGUGUCGGAUUCGGAGUAUGAAAUGUUUUCGGAAAACAUCUGCGAAUUUCAAAAAAAUGUGUGUGUUUAUUAUUGGGCCACUGAAGGAGCAGUUUCCUAUGGCAUAGCAAAGGAGCGUAGAACCAAAGUUGAACAAUCAUUGGCUGAUAAAUUCUCGGCCAUCACGUGGAAAACAACGACAGAAAUCGGUGUUGGAUGGGCACCGAAAGAUCGAUCAAAAAAGAACGGGCGAAAGAUAUUGGUUGUGAGGUACAGUCCAGCAGGAAACCAGCCCGGAGAGUACGAAAGCAAUAUAGAAAACACCGAAUUCUUGGAAUACUUUAACAUGCCAGCAAGAGAGGAGCCCGAUACAGGGCACAGUCACAAUAAUUCGGCCACAUUAAGUAAUAGUGUAGUAGAUGUGCAAGUUUAUAUUUUGUUUUUCGUCCUAGCCAUUCCACUUAUAAGAGAACUGGCAAAAGUGUGAAUCUCAUUGGUCCUACUAGAAUGGCACUUUAAGUGCACUAGCCAUUCCUUCUUAUAAGCGGUUGAAAACCUAACCAUGUAAAAUUCAUAAUUGAGUACAAUUUGUCAGGUUUAUCACAUUA